GACUUCGGUUUACAAGCAGAAAAGAAGUUGUCAUCUUCCAGAAAGCAGCUGGGACCGAUUCCAGCAGUGAUGGCGAAUGAAUUGAGACGAAUUGUUUAUCUCACCGUGUAAAGGAGCGUUUAGUCGGUUACAACCGUCUUGGGAAGUGGUACACGGCUCUGGCAGGGGCUUUGGCAUCUGGCCCAGCUGUAUGUGGCUGCUGUUCACAUUUUGCAUUUUUAUGAGGAAUGAUCUAAGGUGCUUCUUCUACUGUCUUCUGAACAUACUGCUGAUUCUUCUAUGGACACAGAUUGAGGUGCAGCAUCCAGUGCAGAUAGAGUAAAGUGGAGAGAGGAAGAUGCCAGCCCCACCUCCCCCACCACCCCCUGGGCCUCCCCCUCCUCCCACCUUUGCUGUUGCCAACACAGAGAAGCCAUCUCUAAACCGUUCAGAGCAGCAGGGAAGGAAUGCUCUGUUGACUGACAUUACUAAAGGCGCCAGAUUGAAGAAAACCGUUACCAAUGACCGCAGUGGACCCAUACUGGACAAACCCAAAGGAGGAGGAGGCGGUGGCGGUGGGGGAGGAGGCGGUGGUGGUGGUGGUGGUGGAGGAGGUGGCGGAGGAGGUUUUGGUGGUGGGGCUCCUUCUGGUUUAGGAGGCCUAUUUGCAGGAGGGAUGCCAAAACUGAGGUCUGCAGCAAACAGAGACACCACUGACUCAGGACCCAGCCGAGGACCUGUGUUGCCCCCAGGAGGCCGCUCUAGUGGCCCAAGCCCCUUCGGUGGUGGUGGCUCCACUGGGCCACCUAAACUCCCAGGAGCCCCUGGUGGUGUCCGCAGCAACGCCCCUGAUCUUCCCAAGGGCCGCCCAAAUUUCUCAUCCAGACAAGACACUCCAGCAAACCCCCCUCCUCCUGUACCCAAUACACCCCGACCAGCCCAGACCUUCCCUUCUCGAGGAGGCCCACUUCCGCCCCCAGUCCCUGGAGGACCCAGACCCAGUCCGGCUUCUGGGCCUCCACCUCCCAGUGUUCCACCAGGGAGACAUGGACCUCUCCCUCCACCACCAGGAAACUCCUCAGCUGGGCCAAGGCCGAGCUUCUCCACACCUCCUCCUCCACCACCAAGCAGUGGCCGAUCUCCCCUGCCGCCAGCUCCUGGAGGGAGACCCCCGCUUCCCGACGACCGACCCCCACCACCACCAGCUCCUGUGGGAGGCCACCGGCCAUCUAUGCCACGCGACAUGCCCCCUCCACCUCCAUCUGUCAACUCAAAACCACCAUCCUCUGUCUCUUCCUCAUCAUCCCCGCGUUCCUCAGCUGGUGGGGGUGCUCCUCCACUCCCACCAGGGCGACCAGGUCCUCCCCCUCUCCCACCCACGCCAGCUGGAGGGGAUGACCACAGCACACCUCGUCUACCCCAGAGGAACAGCUCACUCAACAGCCAUGGUCCAGCUCCACCUCAUAGCCGGGCAGGACCUCUCCCUCCCCCGCCCAAUGAGAGACCUCCAUCUCUUGGGAGGAACCAGUCCUCAGCACGCACAGGGCCUCUUCCUCCCCCUCCUCCCUCAAGUCGUAGCGUGGGUGGGGGCAGUAUAAGGUCAUCGUCAGCUCCUUCUCCUAUUGGUCGGCCAGGCCCUGAGCCCCCUCGUGGUGGACCUGGUGGAAGACCUCCCCUGCCUCCAGACAGGCCAGGGACAGGAGGAGCCCCUCCUCCACCACCCAUGGGCAAUGGCUUCCAAAACUCUCACCACAACCAGAUACAGGAUGAAUGGGAGUGUCGGUUCACUUUUCAUCCCGUGUCAGACCUUCCUCCACCUGAGCCCUACGUGCCCUUCCAGAAGACUUACCCCAGCAAGCUUGCUAAAACUGAUGGCAGAGGUUCCGGUAAAAAGGAGAGAGGAGCUCCUCCUCUUCCUCCGAUACCCAGGUGAAGAAGUGGGGCCAGCCAUCACAACGCCGUGACCUACCCUCUCUGUUACCCUCCAUGUCUCUCUUCCUCGGUUGCGCUCAUUGCUUUGAACUGCGGCAUUUGGUUCUGUGUGGACUGUAAAACGGAUCUGAAGUACGGUUGACCAAGUAAAAGGACCUACUCACAAUGUGGAGUUUACAUCACGUGCCUCUGUGGCAGCAGAAUGGCAAUAUUCAAAGACCAAAGCUUGUUCCUUCUCCGGUACACUGUGUUCAGAUGAAAAGGAAAAUAGACUUGUACCUCUAUAGGUACUACAAAAAAAAUGUGUUUUUUUCAGGUUUACAGCCAUGGUGGGGGUGGAAGAUGCAUUUUGCUGAUCUGGUUGUUGUGAAUCAUAAGUUACUUAUAAACAAUAGUAUUUUCAUGCACCUUGAUCAACAUUGACUUUGAUCUGUUAGUUAAAUUUUGCAUUGUUUGCUUAGAGUGGGUGAUAGAUUCCAUACGUUGCUUGCUAGAUAUUAUAUUUCAUCAACCAGCUACACUUUUAGAAAUGAAUACAAAUUAUUUCUUGACAAAUAAAGUAGUGUUUGACAGGUAGUACAUAUGACUCACAGCCUGUUUACACAGCCCAGACAGCAUUAGGCAAAGCUAAAUCAGUAUCUCGUGGCAAUAUUAUUUGUCAACAUUAGAGUCCCAGGGUUAUUAUACAGCAACAGUGCAGGGCUUGUAAUCCAACCACCUGCCUUCCUCAAGUGUGUCAAUAAGCUGUUUCUCUCUUUUAUUUGUACCAGUGUUUCCCUCGUGCCUUUUUCUAUUCAGGAUUGUACUUUCAGGCUGCUUAAGAAAAGUUAAGGGAAUUAGCCUUUUGUGCCUUAAAUUAUAUAUGUUUGUUUGUUCAGCUAGGUUGGAUGACCUCUACCAAUGUAAAUGUAAGAACAGAAGCAAUACAGCUGCUUGAUUGCCACGUCACGUAGAAUAUUUAGCAUAGCAUAGUGUCUUCAUUACGGCAUCAACACAUAGAUAUGGAGUCAAACUUAAAAUGGCCACAGCCUCCUGCCAAUGCUGCAUAAAAGAUCAAGGGAAAUGCGGGUGUUUAAUUAGCCAAAGCCACAUGUGCCUUCACGGUAUGUGUAUUUCCACCUGUGUGUUUCUGUUUGAACCACUGAACGGUACUUUUCAUUGGAUUGUUACAUGUUAUGUGAGCAUGCAUAAAUGUUGAUGAUUGAGAUGUUUCAAAGGACAGUAUGGGUUUAUGGCAGUAUUGGUUUACAGUUGAACUGAUAAUUAUUUUGCUGUUUUGUUAAAAGCUGCCCUGACUUACUAUGAAGGACCUGUGUAUGUACCUGUAUGAUUUAAUCAAGUCAUAUUGAAGAAAUGUUAUUUUAAGUUAUGUUUCAGAACAGUGCAGUAUUAUGUUUUUUCUUCACCUAGCACUGCUUUGACUGGUCUUUUGUAUACGUGAUGUACUGUUAUCGUGUGUUGGUCAAAGAAACAUUUAAGACAAUCAUACAGAAGCAGAUCUAUUUACAUAAAUAAAAAAUGCUUUAAAAUGCUUUAUGUGCUCUACCUGGGGUGAAAUGCGCUUUUAUUAGAGUAUACAUUGGAAGCAAUUUGAUAUUCCUCCACAAAGGACGAUCAUUUGAUUACAGACAAGGACGGUGAAUUGCAAUGUCAUCAUCCAGAUGAAAUGACUGGUUUUGUAUUAUCAGAUAUUCAACAUGCAUCAUUUAUGUGUUUGUGCAAUAAAAUUGGGCAAUAAAUUCAUAUAAAAGUGUGUCACAGUACAUAAAA